GGUGACGUCGGGCGCUAAUCGCCAGUGCCAGUCAGUGUUCGUUCGACGCUUCUGUACGAAUACCGAAUGUAUUUCGCUCUCAUCCGGCUGUGUGCACUUCCCACGUAAUAAUAAUAUUAAAAUAAUAAUAAUAAUACGUUAACUCUGGUCGUCGCCUGUUCCAAUUUCUCGAUAUCGUGUUGGCCGCGUGUCAAAAACGACGAAACGCCGUCGUCGUCCGGUCGGUUUCAAGGGAGACUCGAAAUCCUAACUAUCUACCUACUUAUAAUAAAAAAUGAGAACGUCGCGAAAUAAUAAAUAAUUAAUAUUAUUUUUGUAUAAUAUUAUCUAGCUAAAAUGUAUAAUAAUCGUACAAUUAAAAAAAAAAAAAAAAAACACACCCUGUAAAUAACUCGUUUCGUUACCGACUAUUUUUAAAUGUAAAACGAUUAUAAUAUUAUGUGUUGGCGAGUGUAAUGUACGGAAUACGUCGAACAUUCCUCCCGUCACUCAAAUAAUUUACCGGAAUCGUUUUUGUGAUAUUUUACUACCAUUUCCCGAUUUAACAUCUAAAUUAUUAUUGUCGUCGAUGACCGAAAACUGCAGUGUAUUUUGCUGUUUAAUUUUAUUUUGUUUUCCGUAAAAUUAUUUAUAUUACGUUAUGGCAGAAACACAACGGUAGCAAUCGACGAAUUUUAAAUAUCACGUUUUUCUAGUAGGUGAUCGUCAAACAUGACGUCGAUAGAACAAUAUUAUAAUUUAUUUGUUUUUCGGUCGACGAUGCAUUUUUGCAUCGGACGACCGAUUGGCAGCGAUUGUUCUCGACGCGGUCGACGCUCGUAUUAGCCGAUGACGAAAUCGGUUGUUGUCACUCGUUUAGUCGUUAUGAACAGUGUCGUUGCCGUCGGACGUGUUUUGAUACAAUCGUUUUAAUAUAUUCGUUCGCGGCCCGAAUUUGGGGCAAACCACAUAACGAAAGUAAUUUUUGUUUUGUUUGUCUCGUUCCUCAGGUCGUAAUAACCACAUUGACUGAGAAAAACCGUACCAAUAUAAUCAUCGCAAACAUGUUGUCUAACGCAAAUCGAUUCUCGGCGGCCACAUUCAAAGGAUUUCAAAGGUAAAUAAAUGUUUCUGGGUACCUGUCGGCCCAAAACGUGCUUGUGUGACGCGUAUUAUAUUAUUGGUAUUAUGUGUGUGUGUGUGCGUCUUCCGAUGGUUAAAUAAUAAACAAGAAAUAACGUCGUUAUAGUAUUGUCAAAUUUCAAACCGUUUUUUAAUUCAUUAAAAUGCUUUUACCAACGGUCAGUAUUGGCGUUGGGUUUGAGACGAUAAUUUUUAAAUUUUUAUUUUCAAUUUGGAUUUGUUUAAAACAAUACAAUUGAUUUAUUGUUUACAGCAAUUAGUGAUCUUUGUGUUGUAUAGAUGAAUGGCAAUUUAAUAUGCACUUUUGAACUAGACAUUGAACUCUAAUAAGGGAAUAGGUACUUACUCGGUUGAUAAACUAUAAUUGACCAAGCAUUUGUCAUAAAAUUUAGAAUGAAGCUAUCAAAUGACGUAUUCUAUAUAUUAUUAAUAGGUAUUUUGUUAGAUAAAUAUUUGUGCAAUUAAAUAUUGAAUGUUUGUUAAUUUGUGUCCACAUUAAAAGUAGAUACCUAUAUUAAAACAUAUAACCAGGAUGUUCAAUUUGUUGUUUGCAAUACUACUGGACAUAAAUAUAUAGGUCAAAUACAUUAAAAUAUAUUAAUACAUCAAUUAUUAAUUUUUAAUAUUACUUGGGGACUAGGUCAAAUAUAUUAACACGUUAAUAAUUACUAAUUUUAAACAUUAUUUAGAACGGGUCAUUUUUUUUGAUUAAGCAAUUAACUAAUUAAAGUUAUAUAAUGUAGGCACAUAAUACUAUUGUUAUGUAAACUAAUAAUUUAAAGAAAAAAAUUAACGUUAAUUUUUUAUAUUUUUAAAUAAUUAUUGUAAUUCUUAUCAUAACAGGUUUAUUAAAAAUAUACCUACUUAUUAUUAAUUGUUUUAGAUAAAUUGUAGUUUUUACUAUUUUUCUAUAGCUAGGUACCAGCAUUAUAUUGAGAUAUUUGUUGAAAAGUAUAAUGGAAUGUUUCAUUACUGGCAAACUUUCCAAUUCUAUAAAUUAACAUAAAUAAAGACCUCUCUUAUAAAUAUUACAUUUUUUAAACAGUGUUUAUUUUACUAUUAUAUCUCAAUAUAGGUACCUGCUGAAUGAACAAUAAUAAAUUGUCUUAUAAACAGAUUAAAUGAAAUAAUACGUAUAUUGAAAUUUAUCUCAUUAAUUAAAUUGUUUAUAUCUAUUUAAACGUGUAUGGUUAGUUGACAAAUGGUUAACCUGUGCCAGUAUUUAUACCCAACGAAGACAUUCAUAAUAUAGAUUAAAAUAGAUGGAUGGAUUUUCAUCAGAUUUAGACAUACAUAAAAUCAAAUUUACAUUGUAACAUUAUACCUACCUACUUGAAAGUCUUAUUUUAUGAAUUGCGAUGAAUUCAUGAUUUGUAUUUAAUUUCAGUUUGUCAUUUCUAAGUAAUAUGAUCUGUGCUUUUAAUUUAUGAUAUUAAAAAAAUGAUAACCUAUUUUUUUUUCAGUUUAUGUUGCCGAGGUAUUGGAUCCCUUUCUCUGCCUAAAAUUAAGGAUUUUACUGUAGAAAAUGAACCACUUUUAGGUAAGCCGAUGUAAGUUUAGCUAAUAGUAUUCCUAUUUCCAUUGAUUAUUGUUAAUAAAUAAUUUAAAAAAAAGUCUGAAAGUUCUAUAGUAUUUGGGACUGCAAAAAUAUUAAACAUAGAAAUGAUUUAGAAGUUUUUUAAUUCUCUUAGCUACUCUGGACAAUGUCCAGCAGAAGUGGCUUUCAGGACUGAUAUAAAUUUCAAAAUCUAAAAGAUUAAAUAAAAAUGAAUUUAUAAAAUGUAAUUGAUAUAAUAUUUAAUCAUUAUAUUAUGUAUUUUAAAGUGAAUUAUAUACAAUAUACAAAUUUAAAUGUUAAAUUUGAGUAAGUAACCUAUUAAUGACAUAAAAAGAACAUACUUUGCACUAUGGGUUCAGGCGUAGGCUACUAUUUUAGGUGAGAUAGGUGAUAGCAUAUAGGAGUAAUUUUUUCAGCCUUUUGUGACUGAAAGAAAAGUUGAAAACAGUUAUCCUAAUCCCAUAAGUCAAGAUAUCAGAAAUAUUGGUCGGAAAUGUGAAAAUAGAAAAUCUAACUGCAGCUUCAUUAUUCAUAACUGUAUACAAAGGAAUGUUAUUUUGUGUGUUUUUCAAUUUUCUUUUAAAUUUAAAAAAAUCCUAAAAAAAUAAUUAAAUAUUAUAUACAGAAUCAAUAGGUUAAAAGUUACGAUAUAAUAGAAAGUUUAUUUGUAAAAGUAUUUAUCAGUUAAUUAUGAUUCUGAAGUGUAUGCAUAUAAAGUCAAUAUUAGCAUGAAAUUAAAACAGAAUUUCUUUAAUAAAUAUAAUAAGUGUAUACUUAAUUUAUUGGUUAAAAGUUUUAAUAUAAUAUAUAUGAGUAGUUUAGUAUUGGAAAUAUAUAUUAGUCAAUUAUGAUUUGGAGUGUUUAUGAAUAUGAGGUCAAGAUUAGAAUUUAAUUUAAAAAAAACGCCUUAAAAAAAUAUAUUUAUCAGUUUAUUAUGAUUAUUUAAGGUCAAUUAUAUAAAAUUAAACAUAUUUUAUCAUAUAUUUUUACUAUCCAAUAAAUAAACAAUUCAAUUUGAGUUUAUAUCUUAAUUACUUUUAUAAUAAAUUAAGAUAGUAACUAAUUAAAAUCAUAAUUGUUUAUUGGUAUUUUGAAUUUGAUUAAAUAACAUUGAGAUGAUUUCUGCAAGUAUUAUUAUUUUAAAUUUUGAUGUUUUUUUUUUAAUAAGUUAUCUUACAUAGUACGUAUCCAAUUUAAAUAUUAACAUUUAUAUGUUCUAGUUUAUAAUGAAUUAUUUAGUUAUAAGUUCAUAACAUUUUAUUUUAAUAUUUUUUCAGAAUACUUGCCUGGCAGUAAAGAGCGUAAAGAUAUAGAAGCUGAAUUAAAAAAAUUAUCUGAUCAUGUGGAAGAUGUACCCAUUAUUAUUGGGAAUGAAAAAAUCAAGACUGAAAAUGUUAGGUACCAAGUUAUGGUAAGACAUUUUAUUGUAGAUUUAUAUUUAUUGUUAUUUUAUUUUAUUUUAUUUUUUUUUUUUAGCCACAUAACCAUGGCAAGAAGAUAGCAAAAUUCUAUUAUGCAUCAUCUGUAAGUAUUUGUAAACAUAUUAUUUUAUAUUUUAUUAUUGUUUCAUUAUGUGUUUAUUAGGAUUUAGUAUCAAAAGCAAUUAAAGUUUCAACAGAGGCACAAAUAAAAUGGGAUGCUGUUCCAUUAGAAGAAAAAAUAAGUAUUUGGCUUAAAGCGGCUGACUUAAUGGCAACAAAAUAUCGAAUGAAAUUGAAUGCUGCUACUAUGCUGGGUCAAUCAAAGACAGUUAUUCAAGCUGAAAUAGAUGCUUCUGCUGAAUUAAUAGAUUUUAUCAAGUUAGUAAUGAAACAAUUUAUUGAGAAUUUGUUUUUAAUUAAAAUAAACAUUAAUUAUGUUUUAAAACUUGUAGAUUAAAUGCAUUUUUUGCGAAAGAACUAAUAAAAUAUCAGCCAAUCAGUGAAGAUAAGAAAGUCACAUUAAAUAGUCUGCGUUAUCGAGGCCUUGAUGGUUUUGUUGCAGCUGUAUCACCUUUUAAUUUCACAGCUAUAGGUGGAAAUUUAGCAUAUACUCCAGCUUUAAUGGUUAUUAUAAGAUUUUUAUUAUUUUUAUUUUUAGAUAUUUAUUACACAAUUUAUAAACAAAAUUUAUAAUAAGCUUUUAAUUGAUGAGAAAUUUAUUAUUAUGGUUGUUAAAGAUGCUUUGAGUAAUGAGGCCUCCCAUUGGUGGUAUUUCGAUUAAUAUAUUAUAUACUAAUUUAUGUUAUCAAAUUAUUAUUUUUCAGGGAUGUUCCGUUUUAUGGAAACCGUCAGAUACAGCUUUGUUAUCAAAUUGGGUAAUAUAUCAAAUAAUGACUGAAGCAGGAGUUCCAGCUGGUGUAGUUAAUUUUAUUCCUGCUGAUGGUCCUGUAUUUGGUGACACUAUUACAGCUUCUCCAUAUUUGUCUGGAAUUAACUUCACUGGAUCAGUACCGUAAGUAAUUUAAUUUUGAUUAAUUAUUUAUAAGUUAAUAAAAUAUGUGGUCUAGUAUCAAAAUGUAUCGAGACUGAUAGUAUUAUUCGUAAAUCGAGCAUUGAAGAGCAGUAGGAUUGGUAUUAUUGGCUUCUAUGACUUUUGAGCACAUCAGUUUUUAUACAUUUCUUAAACUUAUAUACUUCUUUUUUAUGUUAAAUAUUUUUGUUAAAUGUUUUCAUAUUUGAUGAUUUUGUAAUGAAUCCAAUAAAAGAGCAAUUUGACAAGCUUUUUGAGUUUGCAGAGAUUUUUCUGUAUUUCGGAGAAAUGAAACAUUUUAAUCUGCCUCAUACUAAAAAAUUGUAACUGAAAAAAACUGCAGAUGGGUAGUUCCAGCAAACCUGAACUUGAAUUUGUUUUUUUAAUUUGUGUUGAUUAUAUUUUUAUUUCUUCAAUACCUAACAAAUUUAUUAGGAUUUUGAAUUGAGUAUAGGAGUCAUUUUAUGGGCAGAGAUAGGUAUUAAAUAUAACGAAGUACAGAAAACUAGAAAAUCCUUUGAUCUCUCCUCUAAUUUAAAAUAAUCCAUUUCUAUGUAAAGUUAUCAAAAUAUAACAAUACUACAAUAAUGAUAGAAUUAGAGAGCAGUAGAGUACUUUGAGAUACUGAUAAUUUAAAUUCGUUAAAUGUAAGGAUCUCAGAACAUAAUAGUUGAAAUGCUUUACAGUCUCAAUGUGAAGUAAUAUUUUAGAAAAGUUUUAAAUAAAACAUUCGGGUCAUUUUUAUAUUCUACUAAAUAUAUUUUUGAUUUCUUAAUUGAGUAUUUAAAAUUAUUAAUAGAGCGGCAUCUUGUAAAUAUUAUAGUUUAAAAUUUGUUUAUGUUGAAUUAUAGACAUUUUAUUUGUUGUAAAGUUUUAGAAACUUAUGCAUUCCAAUGUGAAUUAAUGAUAUGGAAAUAGAUUUAUUUUAAAAUUUAUGUUUAAACGUUUUUAAUUUAGAGUAGAAAUAAAAAAUAAAACAUUUUUUUUAGUGAUUUUCUUCUAAUUGGUUAAGUAGAAUGUAUUAUAUUUGUAUCUUAUUUUUUUCUGAACUCACGAUACAAAAACUUCACUAGGUAUUAUAAAUGUGUUAUAUUAUAAUAUUAAAUAACAAUUUUUUUUACAAACAACAGCAAUAAUUAAUGAAAAGUAUUUUUUCAUAUAAACCAUUAUUGUUGUACAUAUGUUUAUUAUUGAAUUCACAUUUUUAAUUUAUAUUAUUAGUGUUAUUUUUGUAUAGAUUUUUGUUGUAUUAUUUAUUAUAUUUUAUUUUCCUUUUAAAUUUUAAGAUAACAUAAUAUUAAAUUAUGAAAUUUAUAAAUAUAUAUAUAUAUAUAUAUAUAUAUAUAUAUAUUUUUUAGGACAUUUAAUCGGUUAUGGACACAAGUUGGCAAAAAUAUAAAUAAUUACAAAAAUUUCCCAAGAUUGAUUGGUGAGUGUGGAGGCAAAAAUUAUCAUUUUGUUCAUCCAACUGCUAAUGUUACAUCUGUUAUAAAUGGUACUAUUCGAUCUGCAUUUGAAUAUUGUGGUCAGAAAUGUUCUGCCUGUUCUAGAUUAUAUGUUCCUCAAUCCUUAUGGCCUGAAGUAAUGUUGUGCUAUUCAUUUAAUUACUGUUAUUUUUAUUUUUAAUCAUUAUGUAUAAACAGAUUAAAGAAGGACUUCUAGAAACACGUAAUAAAUUGAAAAUUGGUGAUGUUGCUGAGUAUGAUUCUUUUGCUUCAGCAGUUAUUGAUGACAAAGCAUUCAGUCGUAUUACUGGAUACAUUGAACACGCUAAGAAAUCUGCCAACUUGGAAAUAAUUGGAGGAGGCCAGUAUGAUAAUAGGUGAUUGAAAUAAUCUUAGAUCCAUUUAUUUUGUAUUAUCACAUAAUAUUUACUAAUUAGCGUUGAAAUAUGUUUAUUAUAGCAAAGGAUAUUUUGUACAACCAACUAUAGUUGAAAGCAAAGAUCCAUUAGAUAAAAUUAUGACUGAAGAAAUAUUUGGACCUCUCUUAUCUGUAUACGUCUAUAAAGAUUUAGAAGUUGAUAAGACAGUCGAUCUUGUUCUUAGUUCUACACCGUAUGCAUUGACGGGAGCUGUAUUUGCUGAGGACAAGUGAGAUUUAAAUAUAUAAAAAAAAAAUUGCACAAUUAUUUAUUAAUUUAUUUAUAUUUGUAUAGAAAAUUCUUGAAGAAAUCGCUCGAAACUUUGAAAUACUCUGCUGGUAAUUUCUACCUUAAUGAUAAGUCGACAGGCUCUGUAGUUGGACAACAACCGUUUGGUGGGAGCAGAAUGUCAGGUAAUUUGUAAUAUAAAUUUAGCUAUAAUUUGUGCAAUCUAUUACUAUUUACCUAUUUGUUUUUAUUAAAUAAGUGUUAUUGAUUAUUGCCUAUUAGCUAUAUUUUGUUUAAAAUAAAAAUAAAUUAUUUAUACAAUGGAAACUCCCUAUAAAGGAUACCCAUAAAGAUUAAAAAGGGUUCACUAUUAAAAUGAUAGAAUACUUGUAUAAGAGAAACUAUUUAAUUAUUUAAAAACUUGUAUUGUUAUUGAUAAAAACAUCAAAAUGUUCUGUUACUUUUAAUAUUAACAUUUAUUUGUAACAUUUUUCAUUUAUAAAUUCAAAAUCAUAAUAUAUGUAUAUUUUUUUUUUUAGGUACAAAUGACAAAGCUGGUGGUCCCCAUUAUAUUUUACGAUGGACAUCACCCCAGUCUGUCAAAGAAACUUUUGUACCUUUGACUGAAUGGAAAUACCCAUACAUGAAUUGAUGUAUAUAAUAUUAUUAUGUUAUCCUCACUUCUAGAGUUUUGCAAUAGUGAAUAACACUGGUAAAACUGUGAUAAGGAUUGAAUACCAAAUGAGUAUAUAACAUAGUAAAAAAGCAAUUUAAGAUUCCUAUAUAUUAUAUAUAGAGUUAACUUAAUUUAAGUUUUAUACAAACCUUAAAGAAUCUUUCAAGUUUCACUUAAGAAGUAUGUAAGAUUCAAUCAAUUUUCUAUUUAUUAAUUUGUGUUUUCAUUGAGUCAAUAUUACACAUUAUUAUUUUACACUUAAACCUUGAUAAACCCAAUUAGUAAAACACCAACUGUGCUUGUAGUUUUAGUUCUAUAAACAUUUUUUUAGUUUUCAGAAUUUAUUGAUUAUCCAUCACUUGACAGAUUUUCAGUAGUCAAAUUUAUAUUUCAAUAUGUUGGUAUUAAACUCUUUAACAGUGGCUCUUAAUUGAUUGAUGAUAAAUAGUCUAAUAAUAAGUUAUAAUUAUUAUUGUUUUUAUAAACCAAUCUUAUAACUGGAAUAAUAAUUAUACAUAUCGCCAUACAAAUAGUUUAUUGUUAAACUAUAAAACAGCCAUAACGAAAUUAGUUAUUCAAAUGUUGGUAUACUAUUAAAAUUAAUCUAAUUAGUUGUAUUAUACAAAGUUUUAUACAUGAGAGUUUCAUAUUCUCAGUAUGAAACUUUCAUAUUAUUUUGACAUUUGAAACAACAAAUGAUAUUUUAAAAUUUUAUUUGAUGAACCAUAACCAUAAUGACAUGUAUUGGUUUUUAAAUUAAAAUUGUUUUUUUUUUUUAAAUGUCAGUAAUGAAUGAUUCAAUUGGGUGAUGGCAAUUUUAUGUCUUGAUAUUUUUGUUGUUUAAUGUUUUCUGUCUUAAAAAUCAAUAACAGUAUUAGGAAAUAUUAAUCUUUUAUUGUACAUUUUAAGGCUUGAUAUUUUAGACAUAGAGAUUACAUUGUUAAACUAUGGUCGUUUCAUCAUAGGAAUAUGGCUGUCUCGAUGAUUUUUAAUUAAAGUCUGAUGAAACAUAGCAAUUAAUUAAUCAUAAUAUGUUUUUAUGUAUAGUUUUUAAAAAUAUAAUAUUUUUUCAAAUAAAAUGUAUAUAUAAUAAAUA